GGAAACGCGGUUUGCCUAGUUAUGCGAAAACAUGGCUGCGGGAGGUUUGGCCCUUUUUUGUAGGAGAGUCUCAGCUGCCCUGAAAGUUUCCAGGUCGUUAAUAACUCCUCAGGUCCCUGCCUGCACAGGGUUUUUUCUUGGUUUGUUGCCUAAGAGUACACCAAAUGUGACAUCCUUUCACCAAUAUAGAUUACUUCAUACCACAUUGUCAAGAAAAGGACUAGAAGAAUUUUUUGAUGACCCAAAAAACUGGGGGCAAGAAAAAGUAAAAUCUGGAGCAGCAUGGACCUGUCAGCAACUAAGGAACAAAAGUAAUGAAGAUUUACACAAACUUUGUUUCACACAGAAAAUACUAACCUUAGCUACUUUAGUUUCCUUUCCUCACACCAGUUGCAGCCAUUGUUACCACACUGCCUUUAAGAUGGAAGGACAACAAUACCUGGAGAAAAUCAAAGAAGAAAAAAAUGAAACCUCAUUGAUUUGCCCUAAUUAUGGAGAAGGUUAUUCUGAUGUAGUUAAAGUAGUAGAUUCCAUGGAUGCAUUAGAUAAAGUUGUCCAGGAAAGAGAAGAUGCCCUAAGGCUUCUUCAGACUGGUCAAGAAAGAGCUAGACCUGGUGCUUGGAGAAGAGACAUCUUUGGAAGAAUCAUCUGGCAUAAGUUCAAGCAGUGGGUUAUACCUUGGCACCUAAAUAAAAGAUACAAUAGAAAACGAUUCUUUGCCAUGCCUUAUGUGGACCAUUUUCUCAGACUGGAACGUGAGAAACGAGCCCGCAUCAAAGCACGGAAGGAAAAUUUAGAGAGAAAGAAAGCAAAAAUUCUUCUAAAAAAGUUUCCACAUCUUGCUGAAGCGCAGAAGUCAAGUCUUGUCUAAGAUGUCUGAACUCUUAAAUUUACCAUUUUGUUUUUCUUGAAUAGUCUGUGUACAAGAGUAAAUAUGUUAAGUGGUUUAUAAAGAAAUUCUGUUUUUAGUCAA